GAUUGGACACGUUAUGCAUACGUCCAAUAUGUCACCGACGAAGAGUACCUCUGCAACAGCUUGAUGAUGUUUGAGUCUCUGCAUCGACUGGGUAGCAAGGCAGAUCGUGUCUUGCUCUAUCCUCAACAGUGGGAAUUAUAUCCCAAGGUACCGACUUGGAUAAGUAAGUUCAUACGAAAGGCCCAGGACGACUACAAGGUCCAUAUCGCACCAGUCAGGCCUCAGUAUACCGAGUCGGGAGACGCAACAUGGGCGCAAAGUUUCACCAAGUUGUUGGCAUUCAAACAAACCCAAUAUGACAGGGUCUUGAGCCUGGAUUCGGACGCCACUAUUCUGAAGCCUCUCGAUGAGCUUUUCCUUCUGCCGGACCAUACUCUAGCAGCACCGCAUGCAUACUGGCUUCCUGAUCCUGACACGAUCUCGUCGGCAAUGCUGCUGAUCAAGCCAUCUAUGCAUGAAUUCAAGCGCGUGAUUGAUGCCAUGUUCAAGCGUUCGAACGCGAGUGAAUUUUACGACAUGGAAGUAAUCAACGACGUUUAUGCGGGUGAGGCGAUGAUCUUGCCAAACGAACAUUGGGUUGUGUCUGGAGAGUUUCGGCUCAAAUCUCACCACAAAUAUCUGGACGAAGGCGAAACCUGGGAUCCCGACAGAGUGUUGAACGAGACGAAGCUUGUUCACUUUUCAGAUUGGCCGCGGCCGAAGCCAUGGUUCCCCAUAACCGAAGAUAUCUACCUCAAAACGCAACCGGCCUGUGACACUAUGCCCGGCUCAGCGCGCAAAGACUGUCGUAACCGGGAUGCAUGGAAUUGGCUGUACGAAGAUUUCCAAGAACGCAGA